AUGGCAAAGUCAAAACAAGAAACGAAGCUACAUCUGUCGAAGAACAAUUUGGGUAGUAGUUUGAAAUUGGAUGUGUCGGCUUGUUCACUUGAGCAAAUUAGGCAGCAACGGGAGGAGUGUGUGGCAGAUGUUUCUCAAAAAAAUCCAUAUUCCACUCCAAAAUUUUUUAAUCAAGUUGCCAAAGAAAAUGUUGCUGCAUUGGAUAAAAAGAAGCAUAUAAGGAUAAGAAAGUUCAAGGAGAAGAAACGGCAAAAAGAUGUAGAAGAUGAGUUUGAGGAUAUACAAUCCGAGUCUGUGAAGCUCAAAAAAAGAAGAAAGGUCGAUGAGGCUAGAGAACAGACACUGAAUCUGAAGGUUUGGGAUUUCUAUUUCAAACCACAAGAUCAUUCUAAAUUGAAGAUUGGUACUAACAGCAAUAUUUGCAUUGUUCAAACAUUGAUGAAAUAUCUGAGUUCGAGACAAUUUGCAAUGUUCAGAGAAACUUGUUUUGGGUACUUCCUUGAUUUGCCUAUUAUAGCUAUGCAACCCCGUUUGAUUCACACUCUAUUGUUGAGGGAGGUUGUUCACGAUAAUAGAGAUGAACUGUGGCUCUCCUUGAAUGGUAUUAAAAUACGUUUUGGUAUUGGUGAGUUUGCACUCAUUACUGGUCUAAAAUGUACUGGUGUAGCGCAUAAAUGUUAUGAUGCCAAUGAAAGUUGUAGUUUGAUUGAUCGAUGUUUUCCAGGAAGUGAGAAGCUUAAUAGUCAAGCUAUAAUUGAUUGUUUUGAAGGAAAGAGAUGGUCAUCCGAUCAGGAUGCAGUGAAGAUAGUUGUGUUGUACUUCAUAAAUUCAUUUUUAUUUUCAUCAUUUCGUGAUAGUCCCGUCUCAAUUGGUCAGUUUGAGUUGGUUGAGUCUGGUGAAUUCGAGAAUUACCCAUGGGGUAAAUUGGUUUUUCAUGACACAUAGCUCGCUGAAAAAAGCUUUUUGAGGGAAGAGGUUAAAAGAAUAUUCUAGGUUAUAUGGACUUCCAUUGGCAUUCCAAAUAUGGUUUUACGAAUGUUGUCCUCGAGCUAAGGAUUAAAUUGUCGUGUUUGUUCAGCACAAAAUCCCUCGCAUACUUAGCUGGAAAGUGGUCAGUAAUCCUAAUUCAAAUGAAGCGUCAAAGUUACUUUCACACUCUGCUUCUUGCUCACCUUCGUCGUGAACUUCACAGGUGAUGUGUUGACAUUCAUAGAUUCUUUGCUUUCAGA